GUUUGCUCCCAAUCCCAUCACUUAUCGCCCCGUCUUCAUCCCUCUCAAGCAGCAUCAUUGCCUCGCCGUCACUCUUUUGGUGCUGUUCUGGUGCUGUGCUUUGUCCUACUUCCCUUCCACUACUCACUGCCAUACGUUCUUUUUGUCCCGCCGUCACUCCUUUCGGCGCGAAGUCGUUCUUUCCUCUUUCCAACUAUCACUUCAUUCAUUUAGUUGCGGCUGCGCCAGGAGGCUCGGAUCACCGGCAGCAGCAAUCUCGACGAGCGACGACCGACACAUCAUCGACGCGAAGAGAUCCAGUGGUAUUGCUAUCGCUUCCGCCUGAUCCUACGACUACCCCCUGUGCGCUCUCACCGCACUGCAGGCUGGCCCACACUUACCCACCACUCCGCCCGCGCACCUCUCACGCGCCGACCGACGAUUUUGAUAUCGAUUCUCCUCCGACCGCACAGGCUGUGCCACGACGAGACGACCCCAUCUCAGCUCCAAUUCUCCGCAGCGGCCGCAAACAUGGCCGACGUAAUGCCUCCGCCAGCGCCCGCCCAUCAGGCACAGACACCCCAGGACACAAAGUCAAGCAUGGCUUCAUCCACCUCCCCCGAAAGCGUGCAACGCAGUAAUUCGGUCAGCAAUAGCGCAUCCCGCCGCCCGCCGCGGAAAAGCACCCUCACCCAGCAACAGAAGAACCAGAAGCGUCAACGAGCUACCCAGGACCAGCUGAUGACGCUGGAGGUUGAAUUCAACAAGAAUCCAACCCCAACUGCACUGGUGAGGGAGCGCAUAGCACAAGAAAUCAAUAUGACCGAGCGCUCCGUACAGAUUUGGUUCCAAAACAGACGCGCGAAGAUUAAAAACAUUGCAAAACGAAGCAUCGAAAGCGGGGAGGACUGUGACAGCAUACCCGAAUCUAUGCGCCAGUAUCUUGCUAUGCAAGCGUACGGUCCCGGUAAGGGCCUGCCGGCAAACAUGCUCGGUCGUGGCCCAGGAUUUGGUCACUUCGGCAAUGGGGGACUAAUGCUCAACCACGACCAAUCUUCUAGCAAGGUUGUCAUCCAACAUUUCCACUGCCGCUCGUUAUCCAUUGGAACAUGGCGACGAGUCGGUCAGAGCACGAUGGAUCUCGUCAUUUUCUACUCUCCCGACAAAGCUUGCGUCACGUAUUACAUCAACAACGAUUCCGCGGGGUACAAGAUCGAAUACCCAUUCGCGUGGAUCAAGAACAUCACGCUGGAACAGGGCGAUGUCUUAGCUGCUGCGGAGGGUGCUUCUCAGAGGUCUGGUGGUCUUAUAAUCGAGCUUAAUCGACCCCCAAAAUUCUACAUGGACAGCUCCGGAAGCGGUGGCUUCUACGAGUGCGGCGACUUCACCGAGGACCAGCAGGCUAGCCAGGUGAUGGUUCACCACCUCGGAGGACCCUCGAAAGUGCUUAGUGGGCAGCUUGCGAAGCUGGUUUCACUCGAAGCAUACCAGAAUCGACACAAUAUCUUCGACCCCAACGCAUUCGCAGUGUCCGCACCUGUCUCACCCAUGGGACGCCCUGCGAGUCAGCCUAACCACAUGAUGCACCCGCACACCGGGAUGCACCUAUUUCCCCCACAAGAUCCUCAUGCAGGCAUGAUGGGCCCUCCAGGACCUCGCGGCCACAAGCGCCAACGCAGCCGGUCUGUUCCUGCUGCUAUCGACUUCAACAUGUUCCGAACUGGUCAGAUGCCAAUGCCCUCUUUCCUCAUACAGGAAGAAAACCAGCCCGCCCACGUCCCUAUGCAGGAUCCGAACAUCUUUGCGCCUGUGCCACAGCACCAGAUUCCACAAGGAUUUGCGGGUGGUGCUGGUCCGCAGCACUUGAGCAUCGACACCUCUCAGAGCUACAACAGCAUGGGCAUGCAGUUCAACGGAUCCGUCUCGGCGACGACCGCCAACUCACCAAGUGAGUUUGGCACUCCGGGCUUCUUUACGCAAGCCCCACCCGCGGAAGCCUUGCAGCCCACCCAGUUCAACCCACAUAUGAACAAUGGGUUCUUGACCGUGGACUCGGGACACAUGCUCGGAACUAGCACCACGCCCCUCUCGAUGACGAGUCACGGCGACCCGGUCAUCGCCGACCACUCACCGCCAUUGAAUGGAAUGGGACGGAGUCAAAGUGCUGAUCUGUUUGGAACACCUAACGAAAACGCACAGCUUGGGAGCGACGACCUGUACUUGUCGGAGUCCUUCAACAAGCAAAUCGCACUCCCAUUCCGCAGUCCGAUGGCAGAGGAUGCCUUUCAGUCGCCCAUGCCAGAUGGCAUGUUCAACUUUCAGUCACCGCCAUCGAACAGUCAGGACGCAAACAUGCAAAUGAACGGCCAACAGCAGAUGAACUACCAAAGCCCUCCGCAGCAUGAAGGCUCGAAUUAUCAAUCGCCUGCUGCACAGCACCAGGACAGCGGGGUCUCAUUCUCGACACCAUCGCAUGUACCUCAAGACCAAGCGGCAAUGUUCCACACUCCCGGAGACUCCGGCAUGCUUUAUAACGACGCGAAGAUGUACACCAGCCCUGGUCAGAUGCAACAGGUACCGGAUGAGCAGCAGAUGUUCCAGCAUCAAAGCCCCGGCAACGGAUUUGACAUGCAAAACCAGCAGAUGUUUGGCUUCGUUGAUCCAAACUACCUCGGACAGCAGCAAUGAGCGAUGCCCGAAGCUUGCUCUGAAGACAGAGACCGACACUGGACGAUUACGACAAGUGCCUUACACAGGCCAAAUGCAUACGGCCGAAGCUUACCGAUUGGCGUUCGAGAAUUCUAAUUCAUAAUUUACCCGACUCUUCUGUGUGGAUGCUUUUGCAAAGCUUUUUGGGGUGUCUUUUGAGUUGACAAACAACUACUUGGGGAAGCAAAAACUGGCGCUGGCUCUUUACGAAAUCUCUAAUUUUUAGUACGGCGUUCAACACGGAUGCCGCUGUGCGAGCGAUAAGUGGAUCACUGCAAAAAAACAGGAUCUACAUCUAACGAGGGAGCAACUCGGAAACAACUUUUUUUAUUGUGUUUUUUUUUUCGCGCGGGAUGGGGGGAAUACCAGGAUGUGAGGACGGCUGCCCACUAAAGUUGGAUACCCACGGGAGAAGGAUGGAGAAAGGGACACAAGUGAUUAGGAUGGAGUCUACAAACAUUGCAAGAGCUUUUGCUUUGACAAAGUAUGAAUUUGCACUUUUGAAGCGCCUUUGUUGGAGAGAAGAAAGGGUUCAUUGGUUAUUGCUGCUGCUGCGUAGUACUCGUUGGGCCAGUGUGUGCAUAUUUGCCUCUCGCCCCAUGCUGGAAAUGGUAGCGAUGAUGGAUUGAGAAAAAGCACUGAGCUUCGAAUGUAUGGAACAACUUUGCCGCCGAACACACACGAG